AUGCAUGGCACAAGCAAAGGGCUCAAAGAUGCCCAGAGGAGCUACUCACAUGCUCAAAAGCUCAGGGCAGGCAUCACCUAUGGCUUCUGUAAGACUGGUCAUCAAGCUACGGCACUUGGAAACCCUUCAAUCUCUGAUCUUGUAUCGUCGUACAUGCUUGGUCUUCACAAAUGCAAGACUGCCAAAGGAGAAACUUCAACUAGCGCUCAAGCCAUUGGUCCUGAUACUCUGAAGCGGCUCUACAUACAUAAUCAUAAGUGUGAAAACUGGGAUAAUAAUCAGCUCUCUUCAGGAAACUGGUGUGGAGGAAACACGCGGUGGCUGCUUCAGGCUAUCUACCUUGUAGCAUUUACAUGCUUACUCUGCAUUGAUGAGGUGUUGAACAUCCAGGCCCAUGAGGUCAAUCUCUACAAGGAUGAAGUUGAUGGUACUUCCUGUGCUUCAAUCACUCUUCCUUUUCAUAAAAAUUCACCAUUUGGAGACAUACCUCCGUUUGUAUUACGGAAACUGCUAGAACAUAUGGUGCAUCUCUGCCCUGUUCGAGCUCUCAGCAUGUGGGUUGCUACUGCGAGGAUCAACAAGGGACAUCUUUUCCCCAACAUCAAUAAACGCAACCGUCCCAUCACUGCCAAGAAUGCUGCAAUGAAACCAGAGGUGUUCCUGCAGCUCUUUCGGAAUAACUUGUGGGACUUGGAUAUCACACCGUAUCCCUAUGGUACACAUUCCUUUCACCGUGGGGGAUGCCAGUGGUUCUCAUGUGAUCUUCAUUGGUCAAUUCGGCAAAUCUGCGAGUGGGGCGGUUGGAGCUCAGACUUCUCAUACUUGACAAUUGUCAAGUAUCUAAUUUCAUCAAAUGACAAUCUGACACUUCGUCGUGAUGAGUUUGUUAAGCUUGACCGCCAAGUAGUCAAAUGCCUGACCUGUGGACGAACUUGCCCAUGUGCCUAA